CAACACCCUGGGACAGCCAAGCUGGAAGCCGGAGUAGCUGAAGAAGGCACCUGGUUGCCGCGCGGCCGAGUGUGCUUUAUGGACCAUGUGCUGCUGUGUGUGCCUGAAGUGCUUGAAAUGCGAAUUUGGAGAGACUGUGCCGUCUAAAUGCUGGGCUGGAUGAAGCGCCUAGUUAGGAUGGUUUUUCAGCAGCUUGGAGUAAGCAUGCAGUCAGUACUUUGGUCUGGGAAGCCAUAUGGUUCAUCUCGAAGUAUUGUAAGGAAAAUUGGUACUAAUUUAUCUUUGAUCCAGUGUCCAAGAGUUCAGUUUCAGCUUACCAGCCCUCCAACAGAAUGGAGCCCCAGCCACGCAGGAGAGGAUGCAGUGGUGUCUUUUGCUGAUGUUGGAUGGGUAGCCAAGGAAGAAGGAGAGUGUUCAACAAGGCAAAGGACAGAGGUGAGGUCAAGGCAACCCCUUCAGGAUGACCUUCCUUUCCUUGAGAAGCCCCUGAGCAGGCAGUUUUCCUUACCAAACCCUUCUCCAGAAGAGCCGCACCUCAAAACGACAGCACUGGCAAACGAGGAAGCACUGCAGAAGAUCUGUGCUCUUGAAAACGAACUCGCUGCUCUCAGAGCUCAGAUUGCCCAAAUCGUGACCCAGCAAGAACAGCGGAAUCGUGUUGCAGGUGACUUAGAUUCUACCACAUCUGUGACCACAGCACCACCCUCUGUCCCACCCCCUCCUCCUCCACCCCCUCCCCCGCCCCUCCCUCCGCCAGGGCUCCACCAAAGUGUGUCUGCUAUUGAUCUGAUUAAAGAGCGAAGAGAGAAAAAAGCCUGUGCUGGAAAAAUGUUGGUUAAGAACAGUCCAAAGAAACCUGAAAUGCCAAAUAUGCUAGAGAUCCUAAAAGAUAUGAGCAGUGUGAAGCUUCGGUCAGUGAAAAGGCCGGAACAAGAUGUAAAGCCCAAACCAGUAGAUGCUACCGACCCUGCUGCCCUCAUAGCAGAGGCUCUGAAAAAGAAAUUUGCUUAUCGGUAUCGAAGCGAUAGCCAAGGUGAAGUUGAAAAAGGAAUUCCAAAAUCUGAAUCAGAGGCCACCUCAGAAAGAGUGUUGUUUGGGCCACACAUGUUGAAGUCUACAGGAAAAAUGAAGGCUUUAAUUGAAAAUGUUUCAACUUCUUAACAGACAAUGAGCUGAGGAAGACUAUCCUGCUUCAGCUAUUGGUUUGUUAGGGCUGUUUGGCUAGUAGAAAUCAACACGAUUUAGUAAAUACCUGAAUUUUGUAUUGAGUGGUGUCCUUUAAAAUCAAAUUAGAGGAUUAAGCAAUAACAAAAGCAUGCAAAGUUUGUGUUUGCUUUUUUGAGAAGGUCAGUUCUGAAGUUCUCCACGGCAUAUGUGUCUUCUGACAUAACAUGUUUUUAACAUGUAGUCAGGAUGUUGAGGUUUCCAGGCUUGAAAAAAUUACAUAGAUUUCAGAACAAAGGAUAUUUGUAGAUGUGAGUUUUUAAUUCUUAACACUAAUUUAUCUGUAUGAAUGUUUUAUAUGCAUAUAUUUGGAUAUGAAACAGUCUGUGUACAUUUAGUGAUGACAGCAGUGAGGGUACUGUUACCGUCAUUCAUCCUCAGUGACCACUUACUAUUCAUGAUGGAAUAGCUGGUAUAACACGAGCUGUUGGAGUGAGAUAGUUGAGAUUAGAAUCUUCUUGCCGUGAACUUUUAUCUUAGAUUCUCUCUCGCAUUUUCUUGGAGAGGGGGUUUGAGUAGGAACCGGGUAGUGUUCACUGCUGAAAUUCCAUAGGCUUUCCUUUACGGGGAAGUCAAGGACCAUGAAAGCUGCCUUCACCUCAGUGUCGCUCAGUGCGGAAGAAGAAAUUGUAGUUUUCAAAUAGUGAGGAAUCAAAUUAUUGAAUUAAAUCUCUUUUUUAAGUAAAAAUCAGAAUGUACCAUCUUUUUCUUUCAGUUUAAUAAAUGGCAUCGUAAAGAUGACUUGCUGCAAAGUUAAUACUUCUGAAAAUGUCAGCAUAAUGGAGUUUUAAAAGUUUUAAUAUUGGGCAGAGUAGUAGCUUUAUAAUGAACUGUUGAGAAAGGAUUUCCUAUAAGUUGUUUAUCAUUGUUCCGAAUGCUGUUCUGUUGAAUUACAUUAUGCAAUGUAAACCUUAGGUGUCAUUAGAAAGUGGACAAUGGCCUUUCUCAUCUAGGGCCUCUAAGGGAUUGCUGUAAGUGACCGUUUUUAAAUGUUUGAUAAGUCUUCAUGAUUUUCUGUAUUUUUGUUAAACUUAGGUGUAGUUAAUGCCAGAAUCUCCUACCAUGAGUAAAUAUUUGGAUUUAUUAUUUAAAUCUAGUAAAAAAUUAGUUGUACUUCCUGGGGGGAUUAGGAGACGGGAAAGUAGAUAGACAUUCACUUUUAAGUUAUUGAAAAUAUGUGCAAUGUUCUCAAUAUUAGCCAAUAUUAGUUGAGGUAAUUUACAUGGUUUGGUUAUUCAGCUUAAAUUUGAACUGUGGCUUAUUUUACGCAUGUUGUUAAUGUACAUUGUUUCUAAUUGUUUUAUAUGGUUUAAAAAUUCUGCCUUUAAAAGAAAUUCAGAAAAUCCGCCUCACAUACAUAUUUUGACCUAAGAAAUUUAUAUUUGCAUCAGUAUUAAAUUUUGGCCAGUGCUUCAACCUAAGGAAGUUACUGUUUUGAAAUAAAGCCAACUUUUAUUCUCCUUGGA